AAAACAUAAAAGAGCCUCCUGUCUCUCGUCCACCUCCGAUGCUCUCCACAGCCUUCCGUUUUUCCGGGUGCUUGGUGUAACCUCUGAGAAAUUGUUUUUUUCUGCUUGGCUUUGAAAACGAAGAAAACCCUAAUCGACGAAACCAGAUGGUUGGUUUUGGAGCGGAGGGGGAUGGAGAAUGAAACCCUAACGACCACCACAGCUGAAGAGCAGCUGUCGAUGUUCUAUCGGAGGUUUCUUCAUCCAUCCAGAGGAUUCCAUCAUGUUCUGGUUCUUUCAUGCAUCCUUUUUCGCCUGGCCACUUGUGAGCCAUGUUCCACAAGGAACAAUUUAGUGUUGCAGCCAGAGAAUGGAAUGCAGAACCCUUUGGAGUAUGAUGCAUAUGAAUCUUAUGGAGGUAAUUAUGAUGCCUGUUUUCAAGAUAACUUUGCUAGUGAUGUUAGCUCAAGUUAUGUUUGGAGAAGCUCUCCAUCCUGCAUGAGUCUUAAAGUUGUUUGUGCCAACUCUGAGUUCUUUUGCUUUCCUUCUACACUGUCUGGUCAUUUGUCUGAAGAAGACAACACAAAGGAAUCUCAUUUGGAAGUUACCAUGAUUGGUGGUGAUGUUACAUUACCUGGCAAAUGGUUUUCACGUAGUAUGUUGGAUGUUUCCUCAAGCCAGUUAUUGGAUCAUGGACAAUUUAAGUUAUUAAAUGGCAGAAUAGUUUCAUGUUCUCUUAACUCCAGAAAGGGACUGCAUGAUGUAUCAUACCUUCAGUAUAAUGGCAUUGAUUGGAGGCAUCUUGCCUCCUGCAGAGGAUAUGGGUUAAGAUCUAGCAUAGGCAAGAAUUUGGAGGCAAAUAAAAGAUCUGGUGCUCUUCAUGGCUCUUCAAUACCUGAAGUGGAAAUAAACCCUCCUUCACUUGAUUGGGGACAGAAAUAUUUAUAUUUUCCUUCAUUAUCUUUCUUGACAGUGGCAAAUACUCACAAUGAUAGCAUUUUACAUAUCUAUGAACCAUUUAGUACUGACACACAAUUCUAUCCUUGUGAUUCUGAUGAAUUGGUGCUUGGACCUGGUGAAGUUGCUACAAUUUGUUUUGUUUUCUUGCCAAGAUGGCCGGGCUUGUCCUCUGCUCACGUAGUAUUACAGACAAGUUCUGGGGGUUUCCUAAUUCAUGCUAAAGGUUUUGCUAUGGAGUCUCCUUAUAGAAUCCAGCCUCUGCUUGGUCUAAACAUUUCUUCCAGUGGAAGAUAUAGGCAGAACUUGACCUUGUACAACCCUUUUGAUGGUACCCUCAUUGUUGAGGAAGUCAUUGCAUGGAUAUCUUUCUCAUCCGGGAAUAUUUCCCACUCUGAAGAAACUUCUUGUAAAAUGGACACUUCUGGUGAUUCUGAUAAAUUUAAUUCUUUCCUGAAUGGUAAAGAAUGGUUAGAUAUCAAAAGUGGUCAAGAUGGUUUUCCACAGGUGGGAAUUAGGCCUCUUAACAAAUGGGAGAUUGAUCCUCAUGGCGCUGAAACCAUCAUGGAAAUAGAUUUUUCAUCUUCUACAGAAGGAAAAGUUUUUGGUGCCUUUUGUUUACAUCUGCAGAAUUCUUCACUGGAUAGAAUUGAUACACUAAUAGUUCCUCUUGAAGCAGAAGUGCAUGGAAAAGAAGCAUAUAGUGGACUUAUGGGUUUAGUUUCAAUAUUUCUCGAGGUUCUUUUGCCAUGUGAUGUCUCUGAAAUAGUAAAUGUUGCUCUCUCUGUAAGAAAUGGGGCCCCAGAUCUGUUAAGUAUUGUCAAGAUUAGUGAAGUUGCAGAAAGUACUAAUCUUUUCAAUAUUGAAUACUUGGAAGGAUUAAUACUUUUCCCUGGCACUGUUACACAAAUUGCGAUGAUUACUUACACUCCACCUGUUGAUCCUCUACCUGAAAAAUCCAGUAUAUAUUUGAAUUGUAAAUUACUCAUAUUGACAAAUGGUUCUGUUAGUCCACAGAUUGAGAUUCCUUGCCAAGAUAUAGCAUACGCAUGUUCGAGACGUAUGCCAGAUUCAUACAUCGAGUACAAACUUCAUCCUGAGGAGGAGCAAUCUAGACAUGAAAAGACAGGAGCUUUGAGAAGCAGCAUUCCAUCACCAUCACAGUUGAAGGCGAUGAAGACUGCAGGAACAGAUGAAUUGGUGUUAAAAAAUUGGAGGUCUCAGGGUACAAGUGGCAUGUCUGUGCUUGACGAUCAUGAGAUACUCUUCCCAAUUGUUCAGGUGGGGACUCACUGUUCCAAAUGGAUCACUGUCAAAAACCCAAGUCAAAAGCCUGUAAUAAUGCAGCUUCUUCUAAACUCAGCAAUUGUCAUCGAUCAAUGUAAGACUCCUGAUGAGUCCUUACAGCCCUCAUUCUCAUGUAGUUUGCUUCUGAAUGACUCUAUUACACCUAGGUAUGGGUUCUCCAUAGCAGAUAAUGCAGUGACGGAGGCCUAUGUCCAUCCUUAUGGCAGAGCUCUUUUUGGGCCAAUUAUUUUUCACCCUUCACACAGAUGUGGGUGGAGAAGUUCAGUGCUGAUAAGAAACAACCUUUCAGGUGUAGAGUGGUUGCCACUACAGGGAUUUGGAGGGUCAUUUUCCCUGGCCCUGCUUGAGGGUUCUGAGCCUGUUCAGAGACUAGAAUUUAAGCUACACAUGCCAAUUCCUCUAAAUGUUUCACAUCCAGAAUUUUUAUUUCACAAAGAAGACACUAAUUCCAUUUGUUUCCAGCCUUUGCUGAAAGAGCUAUAUGCUAAAAACACAGGAGACCUGCCUCUUGUGGUGAAACGAAUUGAAGUUUCGGGAUCUGAUUGUCAGUUAGAUGGGUUUAUGGUUCAUACUUGUAAAGGGUUUGCUCUUGAACCAGGGGAAUCAGUAAGGCUUCUAAUCUCAUACCAAACAGACUUUUCUGCUGCAGUGGUUCAUAGAGACCUUGAGUUGGCCCUGGCCACUGGUAUAUUUGUGAUCCCCAUGAAGGCAAGCCUUCCGGUGGACAUGCUCAAUAUCUGUAAGAAGUCAUUUUUAUGGAUCCUGGUGAUAAAAUUCUCCUUGAUAUUUCUUGCUGCUGCUUUAUUGUUUCUUGUAUUCUUCUGCAUCCUUCCCCAACCGAUGUCUUUGGUUGCUUUUGAUUACUUGUUCAAGAACGAAAAGACUUCUAUUAUCACUAUUGGCAGGGCUGGAAAAUCUCGUGUUCAUCGUAACCAAAGAAACAGUAGGUUUUCCAUGUAUGAAAACAAGAAUAGCCCCCCAUUUAACCGAGUUGGAGAAGAUGAGACCUCAGAACUGGGGUUUUUUGGUAGAUGUUCUGAUUGCUCAAGUGGGGAUCAGGGAAUAAUUUCUCCACAUACGAAAUUGAUGCAGAAUAACCAAGAAGAGACUAUUGAUAUGUUGGAGCCUCAAAAAGAAGAGCCUCUGUUGUCAUCAUCUUCAGUAUUGAAGUCUGUGGCAUUAAUUGAGAACUCUGGUUUGGUGGAAUCAUCACAUACUGGUAGCCUUAAAGUUAGGAUUGAGAAAGAAAAGGGAAGAAGACGAAGGAAGAGGAGGCCUGUUGGUGGAAUUGCAGGAUUAACAGGAACUAUUGAGGUUUCAAGUAGCCAGAGUGGGAAUUCUACACCUUCUUCUCCAUUGUCUCCAGUCAUUUCUUUUACACCUAAACAAAUGUGGUCUCUAUCUCCUUCUCCUGAUAUUGACAAUGGCAUUGAGAGUAGGAGUCCAUUUGCGACAGUGGCAGGCCAAACCCAUUACCAUGAGAAAGGACAGAUUCCUGAAGUCACUAGAGAUGAUAGGUUGUUGGAACCUGAGAUUUCUCCUAUAUCCUGCAAUAACAAUUGUUUACUUUCUGCUAAGGAGCAGCCAUCUGUGCUAAGAAAGGCAAGCAGCAAACCUGUACUACUGCCAUCUGCUACUUUUCCAUCUGCUGGUCGGCUUGCACCUUAUGUCACAAGCCCUCCAUUUCUAACUUCAACUUCAGCAAUUUCCCCAGAUGCUCGUGCUCCCGGAUCCAAACCUGUGAUGGAUAAGAGCAUUAGAGCAGAAGAAAAGGGUGGACUUGGGGACGAGUUCACAUAUGAUAUAUGGGGCAACCAUUUUUCUGGAUUUCAUCUAACGAGUAGAACAAAGGAUAUUGCAACAAUGAUUUCCACUGCUUCUGAAGGCAACUCUGAUAGCUUUUUUGUAAGGGGCCCCCUGAUCCUCACGAGAAAGUCUCAAAUGAGAUCUGAAUCUCCUGAUCCUAAAUUGUCUAAGUAUGCUGCAAGUUGUCAUCAUCAAAAGGACUCCAGGUGGUUUGUUCCUGUGGAGACGUUGAAGUGAAGAGACAAGCUUGAUUUCGUACUUUAUUUCGAGGAACUUGCCAGCAUGGAACGCGAGCAAAUUCAAUGCAUAAAGGUGAUGUUUCUGUGAUGACGAGGGGUUUCCAAAUUUUGCUGCAGCGUUGAUUUUGGUUGCGCUUGGAAUGGUACCCUAGAGGCCUAGACAUGAGGCAGACUGCUUCCUGAUCUCCAAAAUAAAAAGGACUCGUAUUUUAAUUUUUAUCUAGGGCCGUUGAUAACUGGAUGAGGCUGGGCUUUGUUUUCUUGGUCUCUCUUUAGCGUCUUAGCUGAGAGAUCCCCUGGAUUUAUCAUAACAUCAACACCCCAUCCUAUGAUCCUAUUGAUUCACUGGUUUUCAAAAUCUCAAAAGGCAGCAAGGUGUUAGACAAUCCUUACAUUCUUUGAUUGCCUGCCAAGGCGCCAAGAUCAGUCACGAGAAAUAUGGUCAUUCUCCUUUGACUCGAUUUCCCAUUGCGAUUCAUGGGUCUCGUCAUUUGCAUCAGCUGCUACUACGGUCACAGAAUAUCCGUUAGGGAUGCAACUCUGUUUGGCCCACUUAGCUAUCAUUUUACAUUGCUUUGGGUUCGAAGAGCUAAUUCAAAUUUUAACAAAACCCCAAUCUGAGCCCAUCCACGUAAAAGCAAACCAGGGGGUAUUUUGAAUUUAAAAUACAUGAUGUUCGUUUCUGAGUUCAUAUAUGCAGAUAUCGCGGUUGCAGCAUUUUCUAUGAUCACCAAUAAAACAAGGUUACAAGGACAUGGUAGCAAUCGAAAAAAAAGAGUAGAUGUUUUGAUAUUUUUAAACUUAAAACAAAAUGUAAUUGUCGUCUUUUAUUGGGGUCACAAGAAAGUGCUGCGACCACAGU